AUGGCUAGCCCACAGGUUCUAGUUUUCGAUGCUGAGGGCCGCCCAGUGAAGUUUGACACCUGGCUAGAUGACCUGCACCUCUACCUACAGCUCACAGCCAAGGAUGACAUCUCACUGUACGACCACGCCCUAGGCCAUGUCCCUGCCCCUGCUGCUACUGCUGACAGCACUGCUCGCUCACAGUGGCAGACUCGUGAUGCCCACGCUCGCUUCGCUAUUCGCAACUCCCUGCCGAUAGAUGAACGCGAGCACUUUGGCCAGCACAAGACUGCACAGCCACUGUACACAGUUGUAGUUGCUCGCUACUCCUCACCUGCCUCUGCCGCACUAGGCCGUCUCUCCCUCCCCUACAUGUUUCCCGACCUGGCCUCGUUCCACACAGUUGCUGACCUCAUCACGCACCUCCGUACUAGUGAGGCCCGCUUCCGUGCCGCCAUGCCCGCUGAGUUCCUUGCCACGCACCCCCCUCCACUCUGGCUCACUCUCUACCACCUAGUCACCCGCCUCCCUGACACACUUCGUGCUGUCAGGGACCACUUCCUAGCUCGCUGCCCCACUGAGCUCACCAUUGCCCUCCUUGAGAAGGAACUGCUUGCAGCUGAGACUAGCACAGUCGCUGUAGGUGCCUCUCGUGGCGACCCCUGUACCCCGUUCUUUGAGGGGUGUUCUCCUUCCCCCCUUCUUCCCUCUGUCGCCUCUGCUGCUGCUGUCGACCUUCUUGGUACUGAGAAGGUCGGCACAGCGUCUGCUUCGAGCGGGCGCCGCAGCGGCAAGGGCAAAGGGGGCAAGGGUGGUGGUGGUGACGGCGGGGGAGGCGGCGGUGGGGGCGGUGGAGGCGGCGGGGGUGGUGGCACGACUGGAGGGACUAGUGGCAGCGGUGGGGGUGGUGGCGGCAGCGGCGGGGGAGGUGGCAGGGGCGGAGGCGGUAGUUGGGGUGGCGGUGGACGAGGCGGCGGCAGGGGUUGGGGUGGUCGAGGAGGUGGCGGCAGUGGUGGUUGUCGUGGAGGCGCUAGCGGUGGCAAGCGCCAGCAGCACACUCCUUCGCCCCAGGAGGUCCGUGAGUGGUACUCUCUGCACGGGGGUGGGGGUGGCAUUAGCUGCACGUACGUCAUUCGCACUGGUGACUGCACUGGUCAGCAGUGUGGACGACCGCACGCCACACAGCGCUGCUUCGCUCGUCUUGACGACGCUUGGCGUGUUCAGUUCCCUCAGGCCACGGAGCUGCCCUGCUGGAUUGAUCUCCUGAAGAAGGGGAUUGAUAUCUAUGCUCUAGACUUUGAUGCUAUUCUAUCUGCUAUGUAUGUGAUGUCUACUAGUGGAGAGGGAGCUGAGUACUUGUGUGUGCCGCCCGACCCUGGCAUUAGGGCUAGUGCGUCUGCCGCUCCAGGUACUCGCGUGUCGGCUACCCCAGGUGCUGGUGAGGCGGCUGCUCUAGGUGCUUGUGUGUUUGCCCCCUUUGGUACUGAGUCGACUGCAGCACUGCACACCUUCACACUGGACUCAGGUGCUUCUCGGUGCUUCUUUCGUGACCGCACUGCCCUUGAGCCGCUUGCUCGGCCAGUUGCUGUCUCCCUUGCUGACCCCUCUGGGGGUCCGGUCAUUGCGACCUCUUCCACUGUCCUUCCUUGUCCUGCGGUCCCGUCGGGCACACUGUUAGGUCUUCACCUCCCCUCGUUCUCUACGAACUUGGUGGCAAGAUGUGCGCUCCAGGACGGGGGUGUUCACCAGUUCACCCCUGCCUACGAGCGCGUGACACACUAUACGUGUGCUCGUACGGGCCGUCAGUUGGCUACCUUCACUCGGCAGCCGGGGUCGGACCUGUACACACUGACUACUGAGUCCCCUCAGGUUGCUGCGUCUGUGUCUGCGUCCGCGUCAGGUCAGCUGUCGGCCCCCUUCUCGUGUCGCUCUCUUGCACACGAGACUUUCCUCAGGCACCACCGCCUUGGCCACCCGUCUGUGCAGCGGCUUCGUGCCAUGCACUCCCGGUACCUUGUCUCUGGCCUGCCCAGGGUCCUUCCUCCCCUCCCACCCUCACCUACUCCUACCUGUCUCCCCUGUGUCGAGGGACGGCAGCGAGCCGCUCCUCACUCCUCCUCGUUUCCCCCGACGACUGCUCCCUUGCAGACGCUCCACAUGGACGUGUGGGGCCCAGCCCGCGUCCGUGGUCAGGGUCAGGAGAGGUACUUCCUGAUAGUUGUUGACGACUACUCGCGCUACACCUCGGUCUUCCCCUUGCGCACCAAGGGUGAGUUGUUCACACUUCCGUCCUCUCCACAGCAGAAUGGGGUUGCGGAGCGCCGCAUUGGCCUGGUCAUGGAGGUCGCCCGUACCUCCUUGAUCCAUGCGACUGCCCCCCACUUUCUGUGGCCGUUUGCGGUCCGGUACGCUGCGCAUCAGCUCAACCUCUGGCCCCGUGUCUCCUUGACGGAGACCUCGCCCACAUUGCUGUGGACGGGUGAGGUUGGCGAUGCGUCGCGUUUCCGGGUUUGGGGAUCUCGAGCUUUUGUCCGCGAUACGUCUGCGGACAAGCUCUCCUCCCGUGCUGUUCCCUGCGUCUUCCUCGGCUUUGUCCCAGACGCGCCUGGUUGGCACUUUUACCACGCCACAUCGCGCCGAGUCUUGCCCUCUCAGGACGUCACUUUUGACGAGUCCGUCCCCUACUACCGCCUCUUCCCCUACCGCACUGCCCCGCUCCCCCCCCCCCCCCCCGCCUCUCUUCCUCGCGUCAGGUGCUGCUGUUGUAGACCCCCUCCCCCCUCAGGGUGCCGCUCCCUCAGGUGUGUCUCAGGUAGACCCGGUUGA